CAAAAUAUGGUAUGCCACUGUUCUGACUUUUUUUUAGUGAAAAUUUAUAUUUUACCAUUUUACGAUAAAUAAGUUUAAAUUUAGAAUUAAAAGUAAAACAGAAAACAGUUGAUGAUAAAACAUAUUGAUACUUAACAACAAUAAUUAUAAUAAUGUAUUUAUCGUAAGGUAUUUAAAACACUGAUUAAAAGUAACUUCAGAAAGAAAGUUUUAAAAAUGAGCAAACCAAAAAGAAAUCCGGGUCCUGUACCUCCCAGAUGGCUGCAUUGUCCUAGGAAAUCAGAAAAUCUCAUUGCGGAUAAAUUUAUGGCUCUAAAAACACCAUUGAGUUCGGAUUUUGACGACCAAGUACCACCCGAGAACCGAUUUCACCCAAAAAUGGUGUUUGAUAUAGCCAAAUCUAAAAAGAUUAAAUUUGGAUUAUGGAUUGAUUUAACAAACACUUCUAGAUUCUACAACAAAGCAGAUAUUGAGGAAUAUGGAUGUAAAUAUGUGAAAUUACAGUGUAGGGGUCAUGGAGAAACUCCAUCACCUGAACAAACUUCUACAUUUAUUAAAAUUGUCACACAAUUUAUCACUUAUCAACCAUUAGAAAGUAUUGCUGUUCACUGUACACAUGGAUUCAAUAGAACUGGCUUCCUUAUUGUUUCUUAUUUGAUUGAGAGGAUGGAUUGUGACCUUGGGAGAGCCUUAACGUUGUUUGCCGAGUCAAGACCUGUAGGCAUCUAUAAAGGCGACUAUAUACAAGAAUUAUAUGCAAGAUAUGAUGAUGUCAGUGAUGCUCCACCUCCACCAUCUCUUCCUGAUUGGUGUACAGAAAGUGACGAUGGACAAGGGAAUGGCCUUGACGAUUUCGAUGAUUUUACUGAAGAUACAAGAAAACGAGUAGCUUCAACUUCUUCAAAUAAUGAUGAUACUUCACCAAAAGCUAAAAAGGGUCGCUUCAAGGAAGCCGUAUUUAUGGAGGGAGUACCUAACGUUACCCACUUUGUAGAGGAAAAAGCAACCGAAUUGCAAAGAAUGGUGCAAAAGAUGUGUAAGUGGACAAAAAAAGGUUUUCCAGGCAGUCAGCCAGUUUCCAUGGAUAUGACAAACAUUACUCUUCUAAAAGCCCACCCCUACAGAGUUUCCUGGAAAGCAGACGGCAUGAGGUAUAUGAUGCUUAUUAACGGAGAAGACGAAGUUUACUUUUUUGACAGAGAUAAUGAAGUUUUUAAAGUGGAAGGCAUACGAUUUGUAUAUAGAACUGAUCUCUUUCGCCAUCUGAACAAUACCUUAUUAGACGGGGAAAUGGUCAUAGACAAAGUUAACGGUCAAAGUAUCCCAAGGUAUCUAGUGUAUGAUGUAAUUGUAUUCGAAAAUAAUGAAGUUGGCCAAUUACGUUUCUACCCAGAGAGACUACAAUGCAUCGAAAAUGAUAUAAUAAAACCUCGGUAUAUGGCAAUGGAAAAAGGUAUUAUCAUCAAGAACAAAGAACCAUUCAGUGUUCGAAAAAAAGACUUUUGGGACAUCAGCCAAGCUGGUAAUUUGCUAGGAGAAAAAUUCGCUAGAACGUUGUCUCACGAGCCAGACGGACUUAUUUUUCAACCAUCACAUAAGCACUAUGUGCCUGGUAGAUGUGAUGAAGUUCUCAAGUGGAAGCCUCUUAGUUUAAAUUCUGUCGAUUUUCGUCUACAAAUCACCACAGAUAAAGGUGAAGGAAAAAUCCCGAAGAAAGUAGCUUUAUUAUUUGUCUUACAACAGAAGGAACCUUUUGCAAUUACGAAAUGGACGAAAGAGCUGAAAGGUUUAGAUAAUAAAAUUAUUGAAUGUAAAUUUGAAGACAAUCGAUGGAAGUUUAUGAGGGAAAGAACUGAUAAAUCAUUUCCAAACCACAGAGACACUGCAUUAGGUGUAUGUGAGAGUAUCAAGAAUCCCGUUACUAGCCAAUAUCUGCUCCAUUUCAUAGAUCAGUGCCUGCCUCAGUCGAAAUUGAUGCCUGCACCUUCCAGAAUGAUUAGAAGAUGAUUGUUUUUAUUUCAAUUGUUUAAUUAUUACACAAUUUUUAUUUAUUCA